AUACAAAUGAACUAAAGUUUUUUUGUGACAAUGUCUGCAUCUGUUGAUUAAAAUUUGAAACAUAAUAAGCUUCUAAACAAGGUCAACAGUUUUCAUCAACUGAUCGUGAACAAAAUAAUUAAAAAUAUCUGUGUAUUAUGAUUGUGGUUCUAAAGAAUGUACCUUUUGCGUUUCUAAACCAUCAAAUCAAGUCUCCGUGUCCGCGAAAAUGAUCUGUACUUUGUUUUUCGCAAUCACAACGUUACAUGAACAUGGAUGACCUAAAAUGCGAAUAUGUGAAGAGAAAAAGAUGUUUGGGACAGACAAAAAGUGUAAAUUAAAGAUUUGAUAAUGUUCACCCUAGUUACUUGUCAGUAGAAUUCAACGUAUUCACUUCCUCAAUCUUGAUCUGUGUUUUGUUCGUACUCAAAGGUGAAAAUGUGAUGUGUCAAAUUGAUUGUUUACCUCGGGACAGGUGAGUGGAUUGUAGAAGUAGUACGUCAGGGCGGCGGGAGGCGGGCGGCAUGUCUGGUCGGUCAAGCCCCGUGAAUGGCGGCUACGAGUCCGCAAGGCUCACCGUCCGUAAAGAUCUGUUCCCUGAUGUGAGGGUUCCAAAACUAGGAGCUUCUUCCAAGGACGAUUUAGACGAAAUAGAAACUGAUGAAUCAGCGUCUGGCGUGAAGCUUGAGACUGAUUUCGAGCAAAGCAUUGACGAAAUUGCCAAUAAAAAGGUUCAGGCCAAUGGGGUCCAGCCGCCUCCUAGAACCCGCCAUAAGAAACACAAGCAGCGUUCCCGGCGAGAUACUAAACAUCUUAAUGGGUAUCUACCCACAGAAAGUAAACGUAAAAAACACCGACAUAGAACUCGUUCAAUGAACAAUACAGUGCAAAUUAUUAGUGGAAAAAACUUAAGCUUAGUGAGUAGUAGUAAGUAUCGGGAUUAUGAUGAAGAAAUGCAAGAUGCAGAGGAAGAACAACGAGUUGAGGAGGAGGAGGAAGAUGUGGAGGAAGUGCCUGAACAAGAAGAAAGUUCAGACGAUGAAGUGCUCAAGUGCAGUGUUAAGUUACCAUCAGUAAUAUGUAUGCAGCGUCAAAGUGGCAAACCAUAUAGUCAUGAACUUAGUCAAUUAUCUACCAAGAAGAGUAAAAAAGAUUCGAAAGAAAGAAGAACUCAUGCAAUCACACCUUGUAGUGGCAAACCCCGCUCAAUGUUAAAUAUUUGUUCACGCAGUAAAAAGAAAGCAAGGAAGACAGAGUCAACUACCACUUAUCAAAGCCAAAUUAUAGAUACAAAUUCUAUUAAAAUUAAAAUACGAAGAACAAGUUUACAUGAACCUAAAAUUACACCAGUUCCUGUCCCGGUCUUAGACGUUAGCCAGAGAAAGUCUAAAAAGAGGCGAACUAUUUCACCGGUUGCCAGUGAGAGCUCCGGUGAAGAAUACGACCCUUCACGCGGUGAUACCGCAGCAGCCAUGAGUGUCGCCGCACCGAAACCCCGGCAUCCACGUCCUAAAACUCCCAAGACUCGUAAAUCUAACACCAAUAAAAAAAAAAAAGAAAAGACUGAAAGAAAUAGAAUAAGUGCGGUGCAAAAUAAAGACACAGGACCACAAAGUCCAUGGGGAAUGUCAAUGCCUCGUGAAGUGCUGUUGAAGAUAUUUGAUUAUGUGAUCUCUUCACUCGGCACGUUACCAUCUGUAAUAAGAUUAGGUAGAGUUUGUAAAUUAUGGCACAGCGUUAGUUGCACACCAGAUCUGUGGAAGAGCGUUGAUCUUGCGCAAUACACGAUCGAGAAAUGUAAAACAGAUUACAAACUGGUCUGGCUCCUCGAAAAUCGUUUAUCUCAAUGUCAAAGCUUAAAUAUUGCUCAAUGGAAGGUCUGCAACAUAGGCUGGGUGUUGACGAGCGUGGCGGAAUGCUGCCCGAACCUGACCGAGCUCAGCGUGGCAGGCUGGAGUCGAAUAACAGCUGAACAACUGUACGAAAUACUUAGAUCCUUACCAAAUUUACAAAGAUUGGAUCUAUCAUUUGCGUCCGAAACCGGCGGCUCGGGUUCGUGUCUCACGGCGGCUUCGAUGGCACGUGUGUGUGAAAACUUCGGCGAGCGACUCACGCAUCUCACUCUGGCGAACAACAAGUUCACAGCCUUGUCUCAGAUACUUUCCUCUGUUGCGGCGCACUGUAAGAAUCUGGAAGUGUUGGACAUAUCCGGAGCUCAGGCCACGACGCACCCGGCGGCCGUGCCCCUCGAAGCCCUGCAGAAGGGCUGCCCAAAGAUGAGAGUCUUCAGAGCGGCCAACGCGCAACUGAUUUUGGCGUCCGCGACAACGUCACAACAGAUGGAGACGAACGGCUGGACGCAGCUGGAGGAGCUGUCGGUGGCGGGCGAGGCGGCGGCGGAGCGCGUGGCGGUGGGCGAGUACCGGCUGGGGGACGACGCGCUGAGCCGGCUGGUGCGCGGCGCCACGCGGCUGCGGCUGCUGGACCUGCGCGGCCUGCAGCGACUGUCCGACUCCGGCCUCGUGCGCGUGCCGGCCUGGGACCUGCAGCAUCUCUUCCUUGGAGGCUGUAACGUGACGAGGCAAAGCAACGCGUGUCUGGAGUUGAUCUGCGAGAAGUGGUCGCACAGCCUGCUGGAGCUGGACCUGUCGUGGGCGUCGGCGGCGCGGGUGCUGGACGACGCCGUCUCCGCGCUCGCUGAUUCCACCACCAGCAAACUGAGAAUACUAAAUCUGUGCGGUUCUUCUGUCUCAUUGGAACCGGUGAAGAAAGUUCUGCUCAGGUGUCCGCACUUAGAAUACUUGAACCUCAGUUCCUGUCGAGCCUUACCUAGGGGGAUGAAACGGUCGUAUGCGGGAAAAGAACUGCAAGAUCUCAAAGAUAGCUUCGAUCCCGUCAAAAUAAAAGCGAAAGAAGAGAAAGACGUUGAAACCACGACACCAAAAAAAGGAACAAAAAAGACUCAACCAGAUUCAAAGUCUGAUACUGAUGCGAAGGAAACAAGCGGUGAUCUCACAUCUGCCUCUGAUACUAAGAUUGAUUCAAAUUCUCUAAAUGAAAGCGAAAGUAAAUCUUUCCAUUUCCAAGAACCCAAAAGUCUCUCCGACGUCGGCUUAAGUGAAAAACUUUCUUCAUCCCUAGAAUUCAUUUCUAAAUCUUCUAUUGAUGGUAAAACCAUAAAUAGUAAGACGAGUGAUUUAUUCACAAGCAAAGACAGUAUUGAUUCUGCCACUUCCGUCCUAGAGGAAAGGAGGUUCACCAGAGACGUUACUCCGAAACUUUUGAGUCCAAUGUCGCAGUCUAGGCCCGAUUCCUCGUCCACGCCGAGGUCAGAAUCGAAAUCAGAUUUUGGUAGUCCCCACUUUAGUCCCGUGCCAAAACCGGACAGUCAAGUUCAGAACAGCCCCGAUGUACAGACAGAGACAAUAAAGAACAAUUCGUGGCAUUUGGGCACUUUCAAAUCAACUCCCACCUACAAGUCGGAAGCGAGUCCUCUCAAUAGAAUAGAUAGCAGUAGUAAAAUGAAGCACAACAAAAUGAUAGAACAGUGCAGUCCCACCACGUCCCUCGAGAACACAAACAAACGCAGUCCUGAUGUACAGGGUGUUAAACAGGACAUAAAGAAUCCCAACACUUGGAACUACGGGAAUUAUAGUCCUAUGCCCAGACAAGACAAUCAGUUUUCCUCUCAAAGAAGUCCAUACUCUGCUCAACCGAGUCCAGCCCAGCCUAGUCCGUAUUCAACUCAACCGAGUCCCUACUCAGCACAACCCAGCCCGUACUCGUCGCAACCUAGUCCGUACUCAGCACAGCCCAGUCCCGACACUAGUCAAAUAGUCAAGCCAGAUCUGCCCAAGUCGGGAGCUUGGAACACGGGCAACUACAGCCCAAUGCCCAAACAUCAUGCACCGUUUUCUCCUCAUCCGUCGACCCACACCAGUCCGGAUCCAGGCAUAGGUAUGAAAGCUGACAGCUUAAGAAAUAAUCCAAACAAAACCCCCGGACAAUACAGUCCUAUGUCGCGACAAGAUCGACUGCAUCACAGUCCGUAUUCGCCGAGACCCAGCAUAGAUAAUACAGUUUACAGCAAUAAAAAGAGCCCCGGCGUCGGUAAUUACAGUCCAAUGAUGCGACCGGACUAUCACCUCCCGAGCCCCGACAGAGGUCCGACCUCCCGCACUUCGAUGAGCGGACGAAGUGCUGAACUUUACGCACGGAACGUUUCCAAAGUUCCCGAUUUAUUACAUAACAUACCGCUUCCAGAUAACAGCUGGGGAAUUGAAAAGUUUAAUCAGACAGCCGUCACUCCCACUUCAACGAUAGAAUCUUUAGUGUGGGGUACGCCUUCGUUCAAUGCAGAGCCGCCGUCGACCGUGUCCGGUCGCAGCGAGAACGUUCCCUCCGCGCCGACAUUGAACACGCCGCCGCCGCGGACUUGGACCGAGUUGCCUUCGUUUGAAUCUAGUGUUCGAAGACUGAACGACAAUUUAAGUGAUCCGUGGAGUGUGGGACAAUUCCGCGUCGAGCCCCCGCACGCCGUGCACAAUCAUUUUGUUGAGCAAAACGUUAAUUUUGAUUCGUUGAGUUCUCAUCAUCUGGGACAUCAGACGCAAUCGCUAUCAAACUUCUUGGACGACGGUUUCUCGGAAACGUCGCGCGUCGACUGACCGUAUUAAAGUGCUUGCAGUAUAGUUUCUCGAAUAAUAUCAACAUUCACGACAUUGUAUUGUUCGAAAACGCAUAUUUCUAUGAAGCGAACACUAGGGUGAUAUAAAUUACAAUUGAUUGAACAAUUAUAUAUAGUUUGUAAAUAAGAUUAUGUAGUUAGAACAUAAGAGUAAGGAAGCUAGUAAAUGCAGUAUGUUUCGCAGGCAUCAUUAAAAUAGUUAAUUAACUGAUAGACUAUCGACAUAGAUAGAAUAUCCCUGUCGUCUGAGUUAAGUUUAAAAUGAGUCUUUAUUUGUAUGCCAAAAUCUUUUUCACUGAGGCCAAAAUAGUUAUAUUUAUUUGAACACAUAUUGUCAUUUGUUGUUAAUGAAAUUAAAUGACAUUUAGUAGUUAUAAUUUAAUAUUUGUUAUAAUUAUGGUCCCUCGAAGUAACAAUUACAAAACAGCAAUAAACAUUCCUUCGUCUCUUGAAUAACAUCACUGUUUAUGAUUUUAAAUUUCUAAAUGCAAUUCUGCAUUAUUAGAUAUUUUAGAAAUUGUUGAUGUGUGAAUGGAUAUUAUAUUGUUGAAAAUAUUUUAUUAGAAUAGGCUCAAAUGAGGUUUAAUAAUGUGCAUAUUUUAAAGUGGGGAAAUGUAAAUUUUAUUUGUACAGCAAUACUUCUCGGUCAAUUUCACAGUCUGUAAUCAUCUUUAUGUUCAAAAACUAUAAAACAUUUUUUUUUUUUAAACCUUGCUGACAUCCCUCUUUCAUUAAUGUAAUGAAUAGUUUUGUAUAAUUUAUACAUCAUCAUAAAACUGUUUUUGGCUUUAUCAAAAUUUCACACAUUCACAUUUUUUAUUUGUAUUUACAGUUUCAUAAAGUAGUGGAAAUCAAAUAUACCUAGUCAGGUCAUAAAUUCUGUCACAUGUUUAAUGUAAAAUAAUUGAAACAAGUUUAUUCAUUAUGUAACCAUUCAUAUACCAAAAUGAACUUAACAAAACAUAGAUUCUUAUGACACUAAAGUUUAUUCAAAAUGACCUCCGUGAUUUUGAAUACAGGCCUUCAAUCUGCGCGGCCAGUCGUCUAUCGCAGCACGAACGAGGUCCAUGUCAAUAUCGGCGGCUGCCUUAAUCAAGGAUGUCUUGAGUGACUCCAAAUUGGGAUGAGGCUUUGAGCACGCCUUUUCCUCCAAGUGUUGCCAUAUCUUGUAAUCUAACGGAUUCAAAUCUGGACUGGAGGAGGGCCAGUCUUCGUGCCGGAUGAAGUCGAUUUCACGCGCCGCCAGCCAGUCUUGUGUGCUCUUCGCUCUAUGAGCUGGCGCCGAAUCUUGUUGGAAUACCCAGUGCCUGUUAUUGAACAUGGUAUGAGAAACAGGUUCCACAAGGUUCGUCAGGACUGUAUUUUGAUACACAACUGCAUUCGUUUUUACACCUUUCUCACAAAAAUGUACCUCUGUUAAGCCCCAAUAAGAAACUCCCAACCAUACCAUGAGCGAGGAUGGAAAAUGACCUCGUUGGACACGCGGAAUACGGUUGCUCGCUUCUUCACUACUGUGUGCGUACACCUUAUCAUUUUGUUUGUUGUAGCUCUCUUCUACGGUAAAAAUUUUUUCAUCCGAAAAAAGAGUUUCCCGAUAUUUUUUUCCCGCGUACCGCUUCAACAAAGCGCGGCAUCUCUUCAGUCUCAGGUCCAUUAGACGAGCAUUCAAACGAUGUCCUGUUUUUCUUCGAUAUGCCCGAAGCCCUAAGUCUUCAUUUAACACCCUUUUCACCGUGGUUCUGCUUAACCCCAUCUGAAGGGCCAACAGUUUCUGCUUACGUUUGGGAUUUCUUUGAAUUCGCGCCUUCACAGCUUUUAUCACUGCUGGAAUCCUAACAGACCGAGGGCGACCACUUCUUGACCUGUCAUCUACACUAGAGUCUUCAUUGUAUCGUUUGAUGGUACGAUAAACGAAUCUUUCGGUAAUAUUCAAAAUUUUCAGUAUGUUAAAAAUUUGAAUUGGCGCGUAACCGCAACGAUGCAACGCAAUAACUGCAACACGGUCUUCUUUAAGCGUCCACUCCAUAUUUAAAAAUGAGUAAAAUUCUAAAAGUAUAGGUACAUUUUUAUUUUCAUGAACAAAUCGAAAUUCGAAUUCAAUAAACUUUUUUGUGGCCAGCAUUCUAAAAGAAAAGUUUUUACUGAGUGACAAUACUUAUGACCUGACUAGUUAUAACAUUUUUAGAGAAUACUGAACGAUCCCAUGUACUUUAAUAAUUGUUAAAUUCCAACGGUUUUUUUAAGUUAACUGUGCACGGCUUUUUUAUUUCCUAAGACAUUAAAUUAUUUUUUUAAAUAAAUAGAAAUAAAUAAAUUAAAUCCUCGUGCAACUAAAAACACGCUCUACGUUUUCUAAUUUAUAAGUGAGUAGUACAUCAUGCCUGAUAUUGAAAAUUAUAUUUCAAAAAUGCUUAAAUUAAUUUGAAAGUAACUUUUAAAUUUGUAUGUUUUCGCUAUACUCAAUCAAUCGGAGAACAACAUUGUGGAAUACACAAAUUGAUGGAAUGUCAUAACAUAAAUCGUCGAAUUAAAACUUAUAUACUCUGGUCCAUUAUAAUAAUUUUUCGAUCAUUUGCAAUGAAGUAUUAUUGUCUAUUUAGCAGUUGUUUGUGACGAGAAUAAAGAAAUCAAUUCCAAAAAUAUAACAACAGAUUUACUGAAAUCUGGAAUUUUCACAAGAUACGGAUUCUUCUUGCACAAUUUUUUUUUUUUUAAAUUAGAUUAUAAAAAAGUAACAUUAUCUUAAGUUUUAUUACAAUCGUGUCGACAGUAACAAAUUAGCUAUUACAUAAUGAAGUAGCAGCUUGUAAUGGAGCAGCAAUCAAAGCAUUAAAAAUGUAAAUAUUGGUAAUUUUUAUAUGUACCUACCGUCUCGUUUAUAUCACGAAUAAAUAAAUAUUAUUUGUACGUGAUGUUUGUUGACACGUUAGUAAAUUUUGACAAAACAAUUUUUAGAAAUCCAUAAAAAAAAUGAUUACAAAUUAUCAUGAAUCAAUGUAAAUUAUUUCACACGUCAAUCAAAACUGAUGGCUUCUUCUGGAUUUAAUAAUAAAAAAUCAUGUAUGCAAUUAUUCUUUUUUUGUUUGCGAUAAAUAAAAUGCUAUAUUUGGCCAAAAUAAUCGUCAAUUGUAUGAUUAUUAUUUAAUGAUUAAGGAAUUUCAUGACUAACGUUUUGCAAAUAUUUUAGGUGAAAAUUAUUUUUAUACUUGAAAUCAAAUGUAUUAUAACGUGUUACAGAGAUUUCUCAUCACAUUUUGCUAAAUGAAACUAAAGCAAGUACAUAGUGCUUUGUUCGUAUUUGAAAUUGUUAUUUAAAUAACACAUUCGAAAAUAUUAAAAUUUUUAAUUGUAGUCCGCAAAAUCUAUAAACAGCCAAAAAUACCCUCUCAACACCCCCAUUAGCCUUAUUAAUUGCCUAAUGUUUUAACUGAAGAGAAUAUUUUAAUAGUUUUAUUAACUUAUUAAAAAAAUAUAAAUAUUAAAUCAUCUAUACAUAGAAUGUAUAAAAUUUAAGGUAUAAUUUACGUUAGUUAAUAAUGUACAAUAGUUUGUAUAAAAUAAAGUUGACUAAUAUCUGUAAGUUCUGUUAUGUAGAGAUUUUUGUUUGUAAUAUUGUUACAUUACUACGUGGACUUCUCGCACGGGGUCCAAUUUUUAUAAUCUAACCAAUAAAAUAUCGAUGUGGUUGUACAUUUGAAUUUUCAAUAGAUUGUAUUUAUUAAAUAUUUUGCGUUGACAAA